CGUUUCUGUGUGUUUUUCCUCCAGGAUGAGGCCAUAGCUCACCGCAGACCCCCUGAGCCGCAUUCCUGCCCCAUCCCUGCCCCUCGCAGAACCCACARCAACGCAGCCCCACGGGGCAGAGCUGUUCGGGGAGGCUCCUCGGGCACGGCAGCCGCUGUCAAUAUUUUUGUUUUGCCGGCUGGUUCCUCCCCCGCUGCCCGGGCUGCUCUCCAAGGUGUCCGGAGCGCCCCGUGGCCGCGGCAGAUCCGAGCGGGGCGGGGUGCGGAGCGCUCUGUAAUUGAGCAUCAAAGCUGCUCCUUCUGCUCCCCAUCCGCACAGCAGCUGCUCCCUGCCCAGGACGCGUGCACGGGAAGGCUUUGGGCUGCUGGGAUGGACGUGAAGCGCGCCUGGCGCUCUCUGUACUGGCUCUUCUGCCAGUUUGAGCUGAUCACCUGCAGUUACCUGAUGGARCCCUGGGAGAAGGUUCUCUUUUACUCCUUCAACCUGGCCGUGCUGGGGCUGCUGUUUUACACUGCCUAUGCCUGCCUGGCUGCCCAGUUGGGCUCAGUUUUCCAGCUGCUGGGAAGCUUCCUGGGCAACCCGCGGCACAACGCCCUCGCCGUGGUGAAAUAAAACCAUUUUGGGACCACAUCAUUUCCCUCACAUCCCGAUUUCAUCCCAUAGCAGGCACAAAUGCUGCUCUGCUCUCUCCUCGUGAUCUUCUCUGACAGCGAUUUUGCCAAAAAAACCCCUCCAAUCAAUCCCUGUUUGCUUCUUUGAGAGCUUCCGAUUUUAACAACUCACUGGAAUUAUAGAGGUGGGAUUGGGACAGGAACAACCCCCCUGAAGAUUUUGUUAUUCCAGGGAAAGCUGGAAAUUGGAAAGUUUUCAUCUGGAGAGAUGAUUGCAUGGAUUUGUUCUUGUCUGCCSGAAGAAAUGUGCACACAAAACCCCUGGACAAGUGGGGGCUGCUUCCCUUGRCUUGCUGUGGUUUUAUGGAAUGAUUUCAAUAUUUACUUAUUCUCCUUGAUUAUUUUAUACAUUGAAUCACUCUACUGCUUUGCUGUCAUUAAGCAAAUAAUGCAGUUGAUUCAUUAAAAAUGUGAGGAGGUGCUGCUGUGAAAAAUGAUAGUGAAAUUCUCAGAUCCUGUAACUUAAUAAAAACAGAUAAUUUUUUAUUUACUUUUAGAAGAUGAGUAAAUCGUUUGUUAUCAUAUAGGGAACUAUAGAUUCACUUGUGGUAGGGUUUCAGCUGAAAAUAAAGCCCCUAAAAAUUGUAAAAAUACAACG